AUGUUUGGUAGACUUGCUGUGAGAAACGGCGCUCCUCGUUAUGCUAUGCAAGGGUCCCCCCUUAGAGUUGCAGCUCUGGCUCCCCAUUUUUCCAGAAAUGCUGCCAGCACAAGAUUCUAUUCUGACGCCGGUAAGGACGCCAGUAACGAGUCUGGUACAUCUUCGGGAAGUGCUGAUGAUGUGCCCGUGAGUGAGGAGCAACAGAAGAUCAAGGAGCUACAGGAAAAACUUGUGGCUAAGGACAAGGAAAGUGCUGAAUACAAGGACAGACUACUAAGGUCGGUUGCUGAUUUCAGGAACUUGCAGGAAGUGACCAAAAAAGACGUUCAAAAGGCCAAGGACUUUGCGCUACAAAAGUUCGCCAAGGACCUUUUGGACUCUGUGGACAACUUUGGCCACGCUUUGAAUGCCUUCAAGCCCGAAACUUUGAAGGAGUCUAACGAAAUCGCCGAGUUGUACACCGGUGUCAAGAUGACCCGUGAUGUUUUCGAAAAGACCCUCAAGAAGCAUGGGAUUGAGAAACUCGACCCGCUAGGUGAGAAUUUCGACCCCAACAAGCACGAGGCCACUUUCGAGCUUCCUGACCCCAAGAAGGAACCAGGCACCGUUUUCCAUGUUCAGCAGAUCGGUUUCACCCUCAACAACAGAGUUAUCAGACCCGCUAAGGUCGGUAUCGUGAAGGACCCUUCUAACUGA